CUUUGAGGUUAAAUAUGAAGGUAAGCGAUCAGAAGGAUUUUGACAACAAGAUGUGUGUUGAGAGAGGGGUUUUAAGCAAGGAGAAAGCGCUUUGUGAGAGGGUUUAUGAUGGUAAUAGUUUUGAAAGGAUGCCUGUGGCAUGGGGGUGAGGUGUUGAGAGGGGAAAUGAGGUGGAAAUGAAGGUGAUGAAUGUAGAUAAUAUUUUUUUGAGGAGUAAGAUUUUGAGGAAGUUCAAAUACUCUCCUUUUAUCAGACAGGGGUGUUAUAUUCAAAAUAUUAAUCUGUCAAGUGAGCUAUGAUCUAUCAAAGACUACAAUCUCCUCUUCUCUAGUUUAAACCCUGGUUUGAGCAGCACCCGAAGGUUUAAUAUUUAUGGAAGGUAUCAUACCAAAACUAAGAUCUCAAAGCAUUUUAGUGAGUUUAUUAAGCUUUUCUCAAGUCUUAAAGGAGAGCUGUCAAUUAAUUGAAUCAGAUUGGAAGCGAUGGAGUUUGUUAAGAUUAUUUUGGCUGCAUCUGAAGUGAAAAAGAUUAUUUUUGAUGAUUGAUGUAUUCUUGAAGGCAAAGUCAAAAGACAGCUGCGGGGAAGUUCGAGUCUGAAGAGUAUUAUAUUUUCGAACUCCAGGGAGAUAACUUUGGGUGGUCAUGGUAAUUUUGUAAACUACAAAGAGAUCCUCAGAAACAUCUCAUAUUGCCCUUGUAUAAAUUCAUUAACAGACAUAACCCUCUCCGAAUGCAACUUCCGAGAAGACCAAGCCAAAUCCAUAAUAAGAAAAUACGGUUUCUACAGCACCAAAUUCAUUCUCCAAAACAACUCAAGAUCCAAAAUAAUCCCUUAACCCCUAUCCAAUUUCAAUAUUCCUUGCCAACA